AUGGUUGGCGAUCUCAUUACAAAGCUUGUCCCGCAUCUGGCGACCUUCACGUCAUUCAACAGAGUCCCCGAGUCUCCAAUUUCAAAGAAGAAGACCGUCCGCGUCGCCUACCUCGCCUCUCGCUUGGCUGCCGAUCGAAACCAGUCCCCAGACCCCCUCUCAGUCUCCGCCGUCACCCCGCCUGCGAUCCUCCGACGCCCCAAACGCGCCCUUGUCAAGGCAGAGGAAAUCGACUCGCCCGAUGGUGCAACGGCUGAGUCCGAUUUUAACGACUCCUCCAGCAACAUAUCUGAAGAGCCGCCCAGAUCUGAAGAUGGCGAGUGGGUGUCUACUCACACUCUUAAGUCCGUCGUCGGCCAUCCCCACGCAUACCGCUACAAGAAAGCAAAGACUCCAUUCGAUAUCGAAGAAGUAAUAGCCACAAGAAAGGCCGAGCGGAAGGCGAACACAGCAGAGACUAAGGCUUUCGAAAAUAUAUCGGCCGAGGAUGGCGCUGUCUUCUUCUUGGCCGAAGAGGCUACUCCGCCGCCAGAGCAGAUGCCCGAUUAUCACGCUGGCACACUCCCAGACUCAUCUCACACAUUCGCGGCCCAGAUGAGCAGCCUUUCUCGCUCGCCAGUCAUUCCUGGAGACAAGCAAACACUGGGAGGUCGGAAAGCCACGGCCUGGGAGAUUCACAGAAAGUUUCUACGCGUACAAGCCGCUCAGAGGGAUGAAGCCCAGAGAAUGGCAGCAGUGAUCGCGCAGGGAGAGGACGUGAUUUGGGGCUGA